AUGUCCUUGGACAUACCCGAGGAUAGUCCGGCUAGAUCCAAUCCUGAUGAUAGAGUUUCUGCUUUGAAAGCUAACAGUGACCACGAUGUCUACGAUUGUCAAACACCAUCUGAAUCAUCUAACAACUUUCAUCUGGAUCUACGAUCUAGAGUACUGCGCGGCUUAUCAGAACCGUUCUAUCGCAACUCUGUGCGAAGCGUUUUACCAAAAAUUUUGCGUGAAAAGCGGAGCAUCACCAGCAGUCCGGGCGGCAAGAAGAUCCGUUGCAGCAACACAAUGCAGAACAUUAAUCAAGUAUGA